AUGUCAGUAAAAGGAUUCUCACCAUCAUUAUCAUCGAUCACUAACACAUUGAUGAUCAUUUUGAUGAUGAUUAAUUUAUUAUCAAUGGUUCAUUCAUCAUUGUGUGCAUCAUCAUCAUCAUGGACACAAAAACAUGGUGAUUUCUACAUGUCCAAUUCCAUUCCUGAUUUUCCACUUUCCCAUUCAUCAUGGAUUAGUAUGAAUUCUCCGAUGCUUACCAAGAUGAAUUUGAAACUUGAUUCUACAUCAUUGAUAUUUGCAAAUGCACCAUUGAGUGGUAAAUUAUUGAUGGUUCUUGAUGAUGAUAAUCAACAAUUGGUGAUCGCAAGUAUUAAUUGUACUAGCGGAGUAUUUAAUAUUGAAAGAAAUUUGACAAGUGUUUAUCCUGGAACGAAGAGAACCAUUAUUGUGGAUGGAAAGAGACAAGCCAAUGUUAAAAUUGAUCGAUCCCUAACGGAACAAUCUGCAAUUGUUACAUAUUACGGAGCUAAAGUUAUUAAAAUGUGUGAUAAAACAUUAUCAAACACAGUCAAUAUCACAGAUUUGAUAAGAAAUGAAAAUUUAGGACAUUUAUCACUUGGCAAUUUUGAGCAUUUUGUUUACAAUGUUUUGGAUGAAAAGGUUUACAGUGGAAAAAAAACUUUAACUGAGACAUUUAUUUGUAAAAUUGAAAGUAAUGGUAAAAUUGUUGGCAAAAUUCAAAGACCCAAGUCAAAUUUGAUAGAAAUUGAAUUUCCAUCAACUCCAAACUAUAGACACAAAGCACUAGUGUUGGCACUUGCCUUAUUUUGUUUUGCAACAUCAGGUGGUGGUGGUGUCGUCUUCCCAAUGAUCAUUUAAUCAGCUCAACAAUUAACUGCCCUUAGGAAAUUUUGGAAAGCAACAAACACAUUGAAAAUCAUUAAAUUAAUGAAAAUCUGUCAUGAAAAAUUACAAAAUGCUUUCCUUACCUUUAAUAGAAAUUCAAAAAAAUUAUGUUUUUUUCCU